AAGUCGUAUAAAUAAAAAAGAGAACGAAAGAGGAGGAAGCAGCAACACGGAAAAGGUGGAGGAGAAAAAGAGAGUACUUGUUGUGGUAUAAAGAAUGAAGGAGUGAGUGUUUGUGUGUGAGUUUUAUUAUUUAAGAAAAAAAAAAAAGGGUUCGAAUGAGGAGAAAUGGAGAUGGGGAAGAGGUGGUGGCGAAGAGGAGGAGGAGAAUUAAGGAGCUAGUGCAGGUGGCUCUCAGGGGAGGUUGCUUGGCUGCUUCAGCCACGGCCAUGGCGGUGAUGCUGACUGCUACUGAGGAGGGAGUGGCAGACAUCUACGGCUUCAAGCUCACUCUCUCCUCCAACUGGUCUUUCUCUCCCUCCUACCAGUAUGUGGUGGGGGCAUGUACAGGGACCGUGCUCUACUCUCUGUUCCAGCUCUGUCUCGGUGUUUACAGACUCCUCACCGGAUCUCCCAUCACACCCUCCCGCUUCCAAGCUUGGCUUUGCUUCACCUCUGAUCAGCUCUUUGGUUAUUUGAUGAUGAGCGCUGGAUCAGCCGGUUCUGGAGUUACCAACCUCAACAAAACCGGCAUCAGGCACACUCCUCUCCCCGACUUCUGCAAGACCCUUUCUUCUUUCUGCAAUCAUGUGGCCCUGUCUCUCCUCUUAGUCUUCCUCUCCUUCAUCUUCCUCGCUUCCUCUUCCUUCUUCACUGUCCUUGUGCUCUCCACUCCCUAAUCUCUCUCUAUUCUUGUUGCUUUAUAUAAUCCAACAAAGACUCUACUUGCAAUCCCAAAACAAUGUAUUUCUCUUAUGAGUAUUUCUCUGAUGCAAUACAUUCAAGAUGCGAAACAAA